UACAAGGCCAAGCAACCAAUCCUAGCUGACUCGCUUAUCACGCCGCCACAGCCUUCUGCUAAAGCUUCAGCUUUUCUUAUCCCCCGCCUCCCCUUCAGAAUCCUUCCAUUUUGCUUUCUUUCUCUCCUUCUUCCUCACCUAAGCACACCUAAUUUCUUACCCCCACCCUCCCUCCGUGUUCUUCCCCUCCCCUCUCGAGGCCAUCUAGGUCGCCAGUCCCAUAUCGCGUCGUCGCGCUCGUCAAUCCGAAAAAAACGACGAACGACCAACCAUGGCGUCCACAUCCAGAGCUCUGGGCAGGCUUUCGGCCCCCUCUAUGGGCGUUGCCCGUCUCCAGACCCAGGCCGUUUCUAGGCUGCUCAGCUCUGCGCCUCGUCGCGCUCUCAUCUCCGAGUCCAGGCAGGUUGCUGUCACUCAGCAGAUUCGUCGCGCCCACACAGAGACUACUCCUCUUCCUGAGCCCCCCAAGGAACGUCGUCGGUUCCGGAAGUUGAGGUGGCUCUGGAGGGCACCUCUCUUCGCCUCCCUCGCCGGUAUCGCCUAUGUCGGUUGGGGUGUUUACGAAGAGAGAAACCCUGGUCCUCAGGUCGAGCCUGACCCGUCCAAGAAGACUCUCGUUGUUCUUGGCACUGGCUGGGGCUCCGUUUCUCUUCUCAAGAAGCUCGACACUGAGCACUACAAUGUCAUCGUCAUCUCGCCCCGCAACUACUUCCUAUUCACUCCCCUGCUCCCGUCCUGCACCACCGGUCUGAUCGAGCACCGCUCCAUCAUGGAGCCCAUCCGCACCAUUCUGCGCCACAAGAAGGCCAACGUCAAGUUUUACGAGGCUGAGGCCAGCUCCGUGGAUCCCGAGCGCAAGGUCGUCCGUGUCCUCGAUACCUCCGAGAUCCGAGGCGACGUCGUUGAGACCGAGAUCCCCUACGACAUGCUGGUGGUUGGUGUCGGUGCUGAAAACGCUACUUUCGGUAUCCCCGGUGUCCGUGAGCACACCUGCUUCCUCAAGGAGAUUGGUGAUGCCCAGCGCAUUCGCAAGAAGAUUAUGGACUGCGUCGAAACUGCUGCUUUCAAGGGCCAGUCCCAGGAGGAGAUUGACCGUCUUCUGCACAUGGUUGUCGUUGGUGGUGGCCCUACUGGUGUCGAGUUCGCUGGCGAGCUCCAGGAUUUCUUCGAGGAGGACAUCAAGAAGCUGAUUCCCGAUAUUGCUGACCGCUUCCGCGUCACCCUCAUCGAGGCUCUUCCCAACGUCCUUCCCAGCUUCUCCAAGCAGCUGAUCGAGUACACCGAGAGCACCUUCAAGGAGGAGAAGAUUGACAUUAUGACCAAGACCAUGGUCAAGAGGGUCACCGAAAAGACCGUCGAGGCCGAGAUCAGCAAGCCCGAUGGUACCCGUGAGAAGAUUACUCUUCCCUACGGUCUCCUCGUCUGGGCCACUGGCAACGCCGUGCGCCCCGUCGUCAAGGACCUCAUGGAGCGCAUCCCUGCCCAGAAGGACUCUCGCCGCGGUCUUGCGGUGAACGAGUACCUCGUUGUUCAGGGUACCCGCGACAUCUGGGCUGUCGGUGACUGCGCCGUCGCUGGAUACGCCCCUACCGCCCAGGUCGCCUCUCAGGAGGGUAACUUCCUGGCUGGCCUCUUCAACAACAUGGCUCGCACCGAGGUCCUUGAGCAGCGCGUCCGCGAGCUCAGCGGUUCCCUCAACCUUGCGCCCGGAAACGCUGCCGAGAUCUCCAAGGAGAUUGAGGAGCAUGAGCGCCAGCUCCGCCGCAUCAAGGACAUCAAGCCCUUCCACUACUCUCACCAGGGUUCUCUUGCCUACAUUGGAAGCGAGAAGGCCGUCGCCGAUGUGAGCUGGUUCAACGGAAACCUUGCCUCUGGUGGCAGCCUUACCUUCCUCUUCUGGAGGAGUGCUUACCUGUCCAUGUGCUUCAGCACUCGCAACCGUCUCCUUGUCAUUAACGACUGGGUCAAGUCCAAGCUCUUCGGCCGCGACGUUUCUCGCGAGUAAACGACCUGCCGCAUCUAUGGCAUGACUUGAAAUUCAGUAUCUCCUUCUUGCACGCUCUUUUGGCAUGUUUAGCGUGUCUCUUGUAUAGCGAGUGCGGACCUGGGGACUUCUUUGCCUUUUCUUCUUCUGGAGUCUCGGG